AUGGUCUACAAGCAAUGGACAAGGGCUCGCGAGCAGUCAGCGACAAACCUAGCUCCGCGACAGGACAGAAAACGAUCACGAAUACAGCGCGUGGCGCUCUACUGCACGCGCAACCGACCGACAAACAAACGGGAUGUACGGGACGUAUUUGGAGUCAGGUUCGACAGCACGACCGAUGAGACGGUUUUGACGGCAGUAGACCAUCCCGCGAAACCCGUAGAAACGGCCCGCGAAACUUGCCAAAUCGACAUUGACCAAUUAUCGGAGGAUGAAUGGAAGCGGCUGCAACCGCUUCUGUGGCUCGAGCUGGAAUCCCUCUUCGACAAGCAUCGCGUAUCCUCGGUCAGACAGAAACCGUUUAAGCCAACGCGCAAGGAGAAAGGCAACGGUGUCUUUGGUGUGUCGCUGAAUACACUUAUUCACCGCGACCAGCAGGUAUUCACCGGAAAGGAUACGACCGUGACCUUGGUACCGCUAGUGCUGCAGGUCAUACUGUCCGAGCUGGCAGUGCGCGGUGCUAGGGAGGAAGGCAUUUUGCGAGUAUCGGGAAACAAACAGAGGAUCGACGCCCUGUACAAUGAGAUCGAGCACAAUUUCUACCGCAAACCGGAAAAGAUCGAUCCGCUGAUUAAGGAAGCGGGUGUGCAUGAUCUCAGCUCGCUAUUGAAGCGUUGGCUAAGGGACUUGUCGCAGCCACUCUUGACCAACGAUCUGGUGCACCUUUUCCUUCAAACGAACGGUAAGUUGCGGGCGGAUUUUAGUAGUAGGGAAAGCUUAACGAGUGAGCUGACUGACGAGUUUUCUAUUACUUUCCCUUUAGUUUUACCUCCACACGAUCAGUGUAAAGCGCUGACGGUGCUUUGCCAACUACUGCCGCACGAAAAUCGCAACACACUGCGCGCGCUGUUGCAUUUCUUCCGUCGAGUAGUGGAGCAGCAACACCUGAACCGAAUGUCCCAACAGAACGUGGCAACGAUCAUUGCGCCCUCGUUCUUCCCACCAACAUUUUUGCAUCCACCAGACCACAAGGACGAUAUGGGAGCGCAAACACAGAUGGCUGCCCAGUGUUGUCAGCUCACCAACGUGCUCCUAGGCAUGGCCGACAGCUUAUGGGUCGUACCACAGCGUCUAAUCGAGCAGGGCAAGAUUGUCAUCGCCAUGUGAACGGGCCGUUUGAAGUAACUGUGUGCUACCAUUUUGACUGACCAUUUUGAUCGAG